AUGGUACUGUCGUUCUCACGACUAAAGACCCGUGUCAGCUUGUCCGCGCUCUUCCACCUCAAUGGCAGCGUCUUCCCCUUUGCUACUAAGGUUGCACUGCCUUGUGCAGGGGUGGCGUUCUUGCUCAAGUAUGGUGAGCUUCACGGAUGGCCAAUCCUUUGCGAUUUCCUUUCGCAGACAGAGAUGGACUCUACCGUAUACAACGCCUUUUCGACACUACUCGGGAUUCUGGUUGUUUUCCGAACUGGGCAGGCCUAUAACAGAUUCUGGGAUGGAAGCACUCUAACGCACCAGAUGCGCGGUGACUGGUUCGACGCUGCCAGCAGCAUCAUUUCGUUUACAAGGACAUCCAAAGCAGACGCCAAGAAACUAUGGGAGUUUCGCCAAAUUGUUGUGCGACUUUUCAGCAUGCUACAUGCGCUUAGCCUGGCCGAGCUGGAGGAUGACGAUGAUGAGGAUGAUGAUAGAUGGGCCUACCGCUUGCGCGUGAUCGACGGCACAGGCAUUGAUGUGGGCUCUCUCAAAGCCUUAAAGAAGGCUGAAUGCAAAGUGGAACUUGUUUUUCACUGGAUACAGUCUAUAGUGGUAUCCAGCAUCGAUUGCGGGAUCAUGUCUGCCCCGUCGCCCAUCCUCACGCGGGCCUAUAGCGAGUUGGCCAGUGGCAUGGUCAAGUUUCAUGACUGCCUCAAGAUUGCGCGGAUUGCGGUGCCCUUUCCCUAUUCCCAAGCCACGCUGAUGCUGCUUGUAAUGCACUGGCUCCUAACGCCUUUUGUCAUGUCACUGGGAACGCAGACCGCGACGGUGUCUUGCAUCCUGACGUUUGUUACCGUGUUCAUCCUGUGGAGCUUGCACUCGAUUGCCAUCGAGCUGGAGAACCCAUUUGGGGCCGAUGCCAAUGACCUGGAUGUGCACGACAUGCAGCAUGACAUGAACAACCGCCUACUGCUUCUCUUGGAUCCAAUCUCAGCACAGCUGCCAUCUUUAUCGGGGCAGCAUGUGCAGGAUCACGAAUACCUGCUCAGCAUGGAGCGGGAGAGAGUGAUGCCUGCUUUCGAUACGCUCUGGAGAAACCUGGCUACUGAAGUGGAGCAAGGCGCUGACAUCAAGCGCGGCCGGCGCAGCUUGACCCAGCUGAAGCGUGGCUCCUUCAUGGCAAAGAAGUCGAGCAGCCAGGUAUCGCUCACUGACUAUCAAAAGCGCGUUCAAGAAGCAUUGAGCUCGCCGGAGAACAACAAGAAACCGCAGUGGCAAUUCUUUAUGGGCCGAAUCCUUUCCUCAGGCUGGAUGACAGUGCCAUGUUGA